AUGGUUCCUCCCCCAGCUCGCCCUCUCUAUCUCUCUGGGUCUGUCCCUGGGCCUCAGACUGGAAUUAUCCGGGUGAAAGGACACAACAUGCGGACAGCGAGGCUCCAGGCGGCCGCGGUGCUGCUUCUGUUCGCCGCAGUGUGCGGGUCGCGCGCGGAGGUGAUCGAUGACGUCCUGGGCAGCCUCUCCAGAGGAGCAUCCUUCCUGGAGCAGCAGCAUGAGCAAAUCAACCUGGACGGAGUGGUCGGCUUCCUCAUGCUGCAGGCCGAGCUGAAGGAAGCUGUUCGGACAUGGCCUCACACUGACCCGGUCAGCUGGGCUCAGAGAACCGCCACCGUAGCACUGGUCAAACGUCUUGACCAAACCUUUGAAAAGGCUGUCGCUGCCCUGCAGCAGAAUGACCCCAAGUACUACAGAGAGUUCGAGCCCCUGCUAUCAUGGAGUUUCUACUUGAUUCCUAAGGAGUGGAGCCUUACAGAUCCCAGCCUGGUCUAUCCCUCCACCAUGACCACUGAGUGUUAUGAUGAGCAGCUCAGUGACAAAUGUCUGACCCUGCUGCUGGGAACCUGGAAGAUGAACGGGACGCCCUGUAUCGUGACCAAGCCCUGUCGGGACACCAUGACUCAGUUUGGUUGUCCGCAUUACUCCUUGUCCCACCAGCUGCUCUACUUCAUGAUUGGAAAAAUGAGAGGCUGCACUAACCUGCUGAAAGGCGACACACGACCGACUAGAGCCAACAUGACGGAGAAAAACUACCAGAGGAUCUUCUGCUCCAACAUGAUGAAGACCAACCUGGACAUCAUCAAAGAUGGUCUUACCGAACAGACAGUCGACAUCUUCAUUGAAAACAUCCUGAUAUGUGGAUUGGCUGGUUUCUCUGACUUCUACAAAGCUGAUUGGCUGCAGCACAUCCUCAGGCUGCAGGACGAGGAAGUGGGCUGCUUUGGGAGAGACAAGAGCAUCAUGUCUCAGAUCAUUGGAGACGAGCUGCUGGAACAGAUGCAGCCGCACAGGAGAGUGAAGAGGAGGGAGAAGAUUCUUCCAGAUGGCUGCUCCAGUCACAUGACAGCUGUGGCUGUUGGCGCUCUGGGAGGAUACCUGAACUAUUACCUGACUGAACAGGACAUAACGAAGAGGCCGCUCUCCUGA